UUCUCCUUUCUUCCUCUUCUUUUCUCCCAUUUUUGCUUCCUUUCUAUCUCUCCCUUUCUAUUCUCUCUUUCUUCUCCUUUUUCGGUAACAGAUCGCAGGCGAGAUUUUCUGAAUCAAGCAAAGGAAACCCUCUACAGGAUUAAAAAACUGAAAGCAUGGACGGCAUCAAAGCCAACCCGUUUAUCAGUGAAGAAGACAGCGACAACCCACAAGAAACCGGCCCCGAAUCGCCCCCUUCUCCUACCUCCAAUGACCUCAAGCUCUCCCCCAAAAAAGGGUAAUAUUAAUUCUCCAAAAUUCUCCAUGUAUACCUCUCUGCUUUUUUCCCUGUUCUGCAAAACCCAUAGAAACUCCCUUUUCGUGCAUUGUAUUUCCGUUGUUGAAAGGGUUUUAUUACAGAAAGAGAUCCAUACAGAAAAGAGUGGUGUCAGUUCCGAUCAAGGACGUCGAAGGAUCCCGUCUCAAGGGCGAGAGCAGCGCUCCGCCGUCCGAUUUUUGGGCUUGGAGAAAAUACGGCCAAAAACCCAUUAAGGGUUCUCCCUACCCAAGAGGAUAUUAUAGGUGUAGUAGUUCAAAGGGUUGUCCAGCCAGAAAACAAGUAGAGAGGAGCCGCGUGGACCCCACUAUGUUAGUGAUCACGUACUCGUGCGAACACAAUCACCCUUGGCCGGCUUCUAGAAACAACAGCGCAGCAGCCAGACACGCAACCGCAAUAACUACAGCACAACCACAACCAGCCGCCACCGCCGCCGUCAAGGCCGAACCGUCGACGCCCCAGCCCGACACGGAACCCAUCCCCGGACCAGAUGAGAAGAAGUUCGCGGAUCUCGCCGAGGAUAAUUCUAUCCUCCCCACCGGCGACGAGUUCGCGUGGUUCGGGGAGAUGGAGAUGACGUUGUCGACGGUGCUGGAGAGUCCGUUGUUUACAGAGACGAGUGCAGAGGACGGCGCUGACGUCACCAUGUUUUUCCCGAUGAGAGAAGAGGACGAGUCUUUGUUUGCCGAUCUCGGCGAGCUGCCGGAAUGCUCGGUGGUAUUUCGGCACCAGCGUAAUAAUGUGGGACCAGAAGUGGAGAUCUGCUGACACGUGGUGGUUGUAGUUGGGAUCCGACGGUAAGCGUACGUGCCGUGCGCCGGAGGAUAAGAGGGAAGAAAAAAAAAGGAAAUAGAAAAGAAAUUCUUGAGUUUAUCCUCAAUUAUCUCUUUGAUUUUUCUUUUUUUUAAAAGAAUAGUUUUUUUUUCUUUGAUUUCGAUGUAGUUAAUGAAAUAAGAAAUUCAAAAUUUAGAUUUUCUGUCGUAACGUUCUUUGUAAUUAUUAGCCGUUGUUUCCAGCCCUUAUUGAUUAUGUU